AUGAUUUUCUCGACGCUGGUCUUCGUCUCUCUAUUUGCUCAAAUAUGGGCUGCACCGCAGGAAGGGGGCGGCGAAACCCCCCGAGUCACCAUCAAAGCGCCUCAAGCGAACCUGAAAGGCACUACGAAAGGAUUUCUCGGAGCCAAGGCUGCUGAAGUUGAAUCAUUCAAUGGAAUCCCCUUUGCCAAACCUCCCAUUGGGGAGUUGAGGUUCAAGCCACCCGUACGCCUUACCGAAGCCAUGGGCGAAGUUGAUGCUACCACGGAACAACCAGAGUCGUGCCCGCAAUUCAUCCUACAGCCCGACUUUGGCUCGCCGCUCAUCCCUCCAGAUCUUCUCGACAAGGUCCUCAAUCUAAAUAUUCUCAAGAACCUGGCUGUUGGGCAAGAAGACUGUCUUUCUAUUAAUGUGCAACGCCCCGCCGGGACAAAAGAGGGAGACAAGCUACCGGUGAUGUAUUGGAUCUUUGGCGGUGGCUUUGAAUUAGGCAGCACCUCUAUGUACAACGGAGCUGGUCUUGUCGCAGAAGGAAUGUCUACAGGCAAGCCAUUUGUUUUUGUGGCAGUCAACUACCGUGUAGGUGCUUGGGGAUUCAUGCCGGGGAAGGACCUGAUGCAGGAAGGGAGCUCUAAUGCUGGUCUUCUGGACCAAAGAAUGGGGCUUGAAUGGGUCCAGGACAACAUCGCCAGCUUUGGUGGCGACCCGGAUAAGGUUACUCUAUGGGGAGAGUCGGCCGGUGCUAUAUCGAUCUUCAGCCAACUGACCCUCUACAACGGUAACAUUACACGGAAUGGGAAGGCUCUUUUCCGCGGCGCCAUAAUGAACUCCGGAUCGGCUGUUCCGACAGAUCCAAUGGACUCUCCGAAAGCCACAAAGGUCUAUGACACGGUCCUUUCCGCGGCCGGGUGUGCUGGGGCAGCUGAUCGGUUGAAGUGCUUGCGAGACCUUUCAUACGAUGACAUGCGGAAAGCCGCCAACUCCGUACCUGGCUUUCUGAGUUAUAGCUCAGUUGCUCUUUCGUAUCUUCCGAGACCCGAUGGAAAGAACAUCGUAUCGAGUCCAGAGGUAUUUGCGACUUCUGGAAAGUUACCCAAGGUUCCCUUCAUCCUCGGCGACCAAGAAGACGAAGGCACCCUUUUUGCACUGUUCCAACCGAACAUCACUAGGACUCGAGAAGUUGAAGGCUAUCUUAGCGAACUCUACUUCAACAAUGCCUCUCCACAACAGAUUAAGGAACUAGUAGGUACUUACGGCCCCCGCCCUUCUGAAGGAUCACCAUUCAGGACCGCAGGAUUCAACGAAGUCCGACCGCAGUUCAAGCGGCUAGCUGCUAUCCUAGGUGACACGGUCUUUACCCUCACCCGUCGAGCCGUAUUCAACAUCUCCCAAACAGUUCAACCCGAAGUCAACACCUGGAGCUACCUUGCCAGUUACGACUACGGCACGCCUGUUCUUGGCACGUUCCACGGAUCGGACCUCCUCCAGGUAUUCUACGGAAUCAAGCCAAACUACGCUGCUUCGGCGACGCGGGCGUACUACUUCAACUUUGCUUACAACCUGGACCCCAACGACUCCUCUGGCGGCACGGGGAAAGCAAAGAUGAAUUUAAUUGACUGGCCCAAGUGGAGAGACGGGAACAAAAUGAUGCACAUGAUGGCGAAUAAUGCGGAUUUGAUAGAUGAUGAAUUCCGGCAGGACAGCUUCAACUUCUUGUUGAAUAAUGUGGAGAAGUUGCGUUUCUAG